AUGCGGAACAAUACAAUAGUGGUUACUUUUCUAAUACUUUUAUUUACUAGUGAUAGAAGUGACUCCAUCAUCUUCAGAAUGACCAAUGCACAGUGCAUAAGUCAUAAUAAAUCGUGGGUGCGAAUUAAUAUGUGUCGCUUAAAGGCGAUAAGUCGCAACAAAGUGGUCUUCAAUUUUAACGCAACCUUAUUCCACCCAACCCCCGAUAUUAGAGUGAGGUACCGAUAUUUCAAGAGGGAGAGCGGCUAUAAACCCUGGCUGAUCAACUUAGAGAUCGAUAGCUGUCGAUUCCUAAGACAACCCUAUAACUUCGUUGGUGUUAUGAUCUAUAAUUUUUUUAGAAACUUUACCAACGCCAAUCACACUUGCCCGAUGUCUGGUGAUCUCAUCGUUAAGAACAUGUAUCUUACCAUUGAACCAUUCAAGGGACUUCCUUGGCCCACCGGUGACUAUUUAUUCUCUACGUCUUGGAAGUUCUUCAGGCAGCCUCAGUUCGACGUAAACAUAAGCUUUCAAUUCAUUGAGGAUUUAUUGUAA